AUGGCUGCUAGCACUCCCACAACUGCCCGCAGCUUUCGGGCCCGCGCGAUCAAAUGCGACAAGACUAGUCCCUGUUCCAGCUGUGGCACGCUGGGGAUACCGUGCAGACCAGUUGGGGGACAGUCGACUGCUUCGGAGUCGCCUCGCACCAGUAUACCAAAUGACUAUGAACACCGAUUCUCUACGUUGCAGGAACAGCUUGCCACAAUUCAGAAGACGCUCGAGAACAUAACACGGUCUUCCAGCUCAUCGAGCCCGGUCAAGCCGGCCCGGGAGCCGACUCCGCCGGGACCGACGAUACCUCCAUUCGAAGGUCACUCAUCUUUCCAUCAUGAAACUCUCGUAGCUAGGGAUGCUGCCUAUUCUGCUGUGGACACUUCUCAGAAUGGACAAUUAGGCGACUACGUGUCAGCAGCACUUUCGUCUCUCAAAACCAGCCUCGAUAGGCAUCGCGCAUCAGUAACGCAUGGGGAGACGCGGCCCAACACUCAGCCGAAAGACCAACUACUUCCUGUAGAGUUGGUCAUCGCUGUGGUAAAGAAAGUCAAAGCGCAACCUCCGUUCACGUUGGUCAGUCAGUCUUGGAUCGAUGCAUCUCGUAUAGAGACUCUGUGUCACUCCAUAUACUUUCCACUCGAUCCAGUUCCUGCUGGAACAUAUACACUGUUCUACGGGCUCUUCUUUUACAUAAUACGUGACUAUUUUCACGCACAGGACCCUGACCUCGCGCGUUAUGACUUAUCAUCAGCACUGGAAACAUGUGAAAAACAGCUUGACUCAGGUCUCCGAGAACCCGCCAUCAUGGUUGAGCCAACCUUGGAGAAGAUACAAGCACUGCUGAUUGGAGCACAGAUAACAAAAUCACAAGAGGAAUUUGACAUUCAGCGGUGCUGGACAUAUUUAUCGUUAGCUUUCAAUAUGUGCCAAACCAUGGGACUACAUCGGCGUACACCAUUGAAAAACGACCCACUACCUAUUGCAGAGGCUAAACGUCAUGCCUUUUGGGCACUGUACACGAUUGACAAAAACAUCUCUCUUAACAUCGGCCUGACGUCCCACUUUCAAGACCAUGAUAUUGAUGCCGACCUCUUCAUGCCAUCAGAAGACCCAAAGCAACGUCCAUGGGAUUUGAUGAGUAUUGUUCGCAUGGAGUUUGCUAGUAUUCAAGGGAAGGUCUACGAUCAGCUAUACUCAACGUCUGCUUGUCGGGCCAGCGAUGAGCAGAGAACUGUAGCGAUAGAAAAGCUUUCCUCAGACUUAGAGGCGGUUCGAGAUAAAUUGCUGACUAUCGACGUAAGCUUGGGUCUUUAUGCUGACUCCCUACACGGCAUUGCGGCUUGUGCUGAUUUCAUCGCUUAUUCCGUGUUGACUGUCAUCUAUCGAGCCCAGACUCGACCAGGAGAUGCCAUGGCAAUCUCAUCGCGAUGCUACGAGAUCGCUACGUUAGCGCUUCACAGUCACCUCAAAUGCUUUACAUACUUCCGUGGCCGGCAAACCCACAAACAGACUGAAUACGUGAAUUGGAUAUUGCUCUAUCCUUCCUUUACACCUUUUGUCAUUGUGUUCACCCACGCAAUUACCACCGCAAGUGCGGUGGAUCUAGCCCUUCUGCAGGACACUGUGAGCUCUUUGGAGCUUAUCAAGGGUCUAUCGCGGGGCUCAAUGCAUCUAUAUACAGUGUGCGAAGCAUUUGUCAAGGCUGCUCAGGUUUUAGUCAAAUCGCGACAAACAUUGUCCGGCAUCGAGCGUCACCAGGAUGGGUCACUUGUCAUGCCUGCCGCGCACGGGGCGGCCAACAUUGCUUUCCCAGAUGUCUCGUGGCCAGAAAACACCUUUGAUUCUCUUAUGAGCCAAACCGACAUUUCCAUGUUCUUGAACGACUUCAUUGGCGCCAAUCGAUCGGUGAUGGAUAUCUUGAAUUCAGAUUACAUGAGUUAA